AAGGAAGAAGAACAGCGACGCGACCCCUUCACCCAGAAGUGGAAACCGAUACAGAGAAAAGAGGGCCUGUCACGAGAACUUAAAGCGCUAAUGAAAAUCGCGCACAAGUACGGUCUCCAGCUCAACGCCAUAGCCCCAUCCAGACGAACCCUAAGAUCGACCCCCAUGUGGGAACACCCUCACGCAGAUACGCACAAACUACGAGUACUCUCCGCUCAAGUCGCACUCGCGACGAAGUGUAUCAUACACAACCAUAAACUCGUAACAGUGGGAGAUUUCGAACAGCUCGCUGCGAUGGAGAGAGCUCCAAAUCACAACCCCCGCAGGGCCACCUGCGCCUGCGAGAUGUGCGAAGCUCUGCGCAACGCAACGGGCUGUGCCAACCCAGCGGGAUGCAUCACAAGAGCGUCUGCCUUUCUGGAUACUCUCCCGCCCAAAUGGGACCCACGAGGAGAACUUCCAGAAGAUUAUGAAGACCAAAUGAUGGAAAACACACCUAAUCCCGACAACUCAAUCCUCUUCGACAGGAGAGUGACGUCGCAAGGACUUGCAAGGGAACAGUUGCGCAUCUUCACAGAUAACGCUCUACCGUCCCGAACGAAAGUCGAAGUGAAA